AGCCCUCUGGCCACCAGCCCACGGCCACCCUUGACCCUGGCAGCACCUUCAAAGGGAGCAUGGGGCUGCUGCGGAGCGUGCAAUGUUUGCUCACAGCCAGGGCCAGCAGCUGCUCCCUGCCUGCCCUGGGGGGUUUCGUCAGCAUCCUGCAGCGCUCCGGGGGACACUGCUCGGCCACUGCUGCUUGCACAAGGAACCCCCUCGUCAGGACUGCAGCCAUGGCCACCUCAGCGAGCUCCCACCUGAGCAAAGCCAUCAAGCACAUGUACAUGAAGCUGCCGCAGGGGGAGAAGGUGCAGGCCAUGUACAUCUGGAUCGACGGCACGGGGGAGCACCUCCGCUGCAAAACCCGCACGCUGGACCACGAGCCCAAGAGCCUGGAAGAUCUCCCUGAGUGGAAUUUCGAUGGCUCCAGCACCUACCAGUCCGAAGGCUCCAACAGUGACAUGUACCUGCGACCUGCUGCCAUGUUUCGGGACCCUUUCCGCAAGGAUCCCAACAAACUCGUUCUCUGUGAGGUCUUCAAGUACAACCGCCAGUCUGCAGAGUCAAAUCUCCGGCACACCUGCAGGAGGAUUAUGGACAUGGUGUCCAACCAGCACCCCUGGUUUGGGAUGGAGCAGGAGUACACUCUCUUGGGGACAGAUGGACAUCCAUUUGGCUGGCCUUCCAAUGGCUUCCCUGGACCCCAAGGUCCGUAUUACUGCGGUGUGGGGGCAGACAAAGCCUAUGGCAGGGACAUUGUGGAGGCCCACUACCGAGCGUGCCUUUAUGCCGGCGUGAAAAUCGGAGGAACCAACGCAGAAGUGAUGCCAGCCCAGUGGGAGUUCCAGGUGGGACCAUGCGAGGGGAUUGAGAUGGGUGAUCACCUCUGGAUCGCGCGCUUCAUCCUGCACCGGGUGUGUGAGGACUUCGGGGUCGUGGUGUCCUUCGAUCCCAAACCCAUCCCUGGGAACUGGAACGGUGCUGGCUGCCACACCAACUUCAGCACCAAGAGCAUGAGGGAAGAAGGAGGUCUCAAGCACAUCGAGGAGGCCAUCGAGAAGCUGAGCAAGCGCCACCAGUACCACAUCCGCGCCUACGACCCCAAGGGGGGGCUGGACAAUGCCCGGCGCCUGACGGGCUUCCAUGAGACCUCCAACAUCAACGAGUUCUCGGCCGGCGUGGCCAACCGCGGCGCCAGCAUCCGCAUCCCGCGCAACGUGGGCCACGAGAAGAAGGGCUACUUCGAGGACCGCCGGCCCUCGGCCAACUGCGACCCCUACGCCGUGACAGAGGCGCUGGUCCGCACGUGUCUCCUCAACGAAACCGGGGAUGAGCCUUUUGAGUACAAGAACUGAGCAGACUGCGCCCCGCGGCCGCCGCCGCCGCCUCCCCCCGCGCUCCCCGCGCCCCUAAAGUUCCCUUCUAGCUGUAAUCCCGAGGGUACAAGAUAACAUGUUUCGUGUCUCAGUAACUCUUGUUGUCUUGAGGUGGGGGAGGAGGGCAGGUUUAGUUUUAUCCGUGUCUGUUUGUCGUUGACUCUUUGGAAGACGAGAGGAGGACGGGGUGUUAGAGAACUUUUAACCACUGUUUUAUUUUUUUUUUUGUCUAAUUCAUGUGUACAUCCGAUGGGAUCCUGUGGCUUCCAGGGACAGACUGCACACACAGAAGGCGUGUAGGAGAGGAGAAAGCUUAAAACAGAGCCAGAUUUGGGGGGCCAGCCCCACUGCUGACUGAUGGCUGUCUGAGGUCGGUGUCUCUCUGUGGAGCAGGGAAGAUGGGAGCUGUGGUGACGGGAGCUGUGCGUGUGCUCCUGCCUAUUUGGGGACGUGACAGGGACAUCGUCACCCUCCGGCCACUCUGAGGUUUCUGGGAAUCUUCUGGCAUUGAGGAGAACUCUUGGUUCUGUCACUGGAAGUCAACCCAUCUCUGGCUCAUAACACAGAGUGAAGUAGUAUUUUUCUAUUUAAAUAUAAAAAGAGAAAAAAAAAUAUAUAUGAAAGUGUUUUUUUCUUGGAAGAGAUGAUGUUCCAACGCCUCAUCCAGCCGGAGCGGGCAGAGCUCUUGCGGAUGCAGUCGGAUGCAGGUGGGACUGAGGGUGAGCUCAGAGGGCGACUGGGACGAGAUUUGUUCCAGCAUGGAGUGGAGCUUGCAGGAGGGGGUUCCCAGAGCAGGAAGCCUGCAGAAGCAUUUGUUACUGUAAUUCAGGUGGCCGUGACACGCUCGGAGUGGGAGGAAGGUGUCCUGAACCAAGAGUUGACUGGUCAACAGCGUUCUGGACAGAGCUGUGGCUGUGUCACCUGUCCAGCAGGGCUAGCAUGUCACUAAAGCAGGGCUUUGGAUAAAGGUUAAAACAAAAAAAAAAAAAAAAGGAGAAAAAAA